AUGCGGAAGCGCUGGCGCCCUCCAUCGGCGCCCAACGCUGCGCUGAAGCCUGCGCUGGCGCCCAGGAGGGUGGUUCCCGCGAGCUACGCCGGCAGUGGUGCACCAAAGGGCUUCCGAAAAGGGGCGCGCCCUCUGGUCAAGCCCCGGGUCAUCUCUGCUCCGCCCACGGCGGAUGACGGCUUCAGAAGGCGGCAGGUUGUGUCUGCUUCCGAGCGCGACGUCCGCGUGGUGUCCGGCCCCGAUGGCAGCGAGGCAGCCGGUCCUCGGCUGCUGCGGCGCGCUGCGCAGAGUGCUCCAGCGCUGCC